CUCGCUCAGUCGAGAAUUAGACGCCACAGCGUUCGGUUAUCACCUCUCUGUCUCUUUCACUCUCUGCCUCAUACUGUCUCUUUCUCACACAGCUGUCACUGUCUCUGUCCAACAAACACACACUUGCUCCCCCGCCGACUCCGGUGGAAAAGUGUGAAAAGUUGUAUACAACACAAACACUAUGUUUCUGGCCGUAAACCAGAGCCUUCAGAAUGGCAGCAAAAAAAAACGAAAACGCCGACCGGCAGGACAACAGGACACCGACUCGCCCGAUAGCCUGGCCGAUGAUCCUGCCACUGGGCCGUCCCUUCAAGCAAUUCCGUCCAGCGACCAGCUGGUGCUGAAAGGAUCCACCGCCGAGUGCCAGGUGUGCCAGUGUCCUGGCCGCAAGUCCUUCAUCCUGAUCUACAUCUACCUGGGCGCUCUGUCGCUCAUCCUGGCCAGCCUGACGAUCGUCUUCUACACCCAGGAUCAGUCGGGAUCGGUGCCCAUCGAUAGUCCGGCCAGGACGAGGGCGUUUCGGGCUCAGUUCCAGGCGGAGCUGGUGCGAUCGGAGGAUGUCCUGCGAACAAUGGUUAGCCGCUUGCUGGAGGCCGAGCAGGAGCAACACCAGCAGGAUCAGGCGCAGGUUCAGGCUCAGGCCCAGGAGAGCUCUGCUCCCAGAUCCUAUGAUCCUUUGAAGAACGAACGGAAGUUCACGGACAACCUGAUCAGUCACACCCCAAGACCCACGGGAAAAAGGAUGCGAAGGGAUGUUACGUCCUCGGAGCCGACAUCCUCCAUGCACGCCGAUCCCGUCAUAGAGUUCUUCAACCCCAACCACCGCAAGGUCCUCGAGGAGCAGGACACGGAAAUCCGGAAGAGGACCGGCCAGAAGGGUGCCGCUCCCGGGGGCGAUGAGUGGAUCUAUCUGAACACCUAUUGCCGCGUUCCGGAGAAGAUCAUCACGGGCUUCUGCAAGGGCACCCAGGACUACUGUCCGCCGGCGCCCCAGGGUCCGGUGGGCGAGGCGGGUCCCAAAGGACCCACCGGAAAUCCGGGUCUGCCGGGCAUACCCGGUCCCAAGGGUAACCGCGGGGAUGUGGGCCUGCCGGGAGCGCCGGGUGUGGACGGGGUGGGUCACCAGGGACCGGCAGGACCUCGAGGGCAGAAGGGCGAUGCGGGCGCCGUGGGACGGGCGGGACUGGACGGUCGGGACGGAGUUCCUGGGGAGCCGGGACUCGACGGAGUGCCGGGACGGGCGGGAGCCGACGGCAAGAACGGCCUGCCCGGCAGGGAUGGCAAGGAUGGGCUGCACGGCAAGGAUGGCAAGGACGGUCUGUCCAUAACAGGACCCAAGGGCGCCCAAGGACCUCCCGGAGAGAGGGGCUUGAAGGGCAUCGCAGGACCUCGCGGUCGUCCUGGCAAGCCCGGCACCAACGGCACUCCCGGAGUCCCCGGAAUCAAUGCCUGGAAGAUGCAGUUCCCCAACGGCAGCUCCUCCAAUGAUCUCCUCAUUCCGCCCUCCAUAACAGACUUGCAUAAUCCUGAGUUCCAUCGCACGAUUAUUGUGGAGGAAGGACGCUCCUUGAACUUGAGCUGCUCUGCCACCGGAAAUCCAGCUCCUCAGGUGGAGUGGCGACGCGAAGAUGGUCGGACCAUCAAUGUCAAUGGGAUGGAAAUGGCAUCUAUUAGCGGACAAUACCUGAAGUUCAUCAACAUUACGAGGCACCAAAUGGCGGCCUACACCUGUUAUGCCAACAACGGAAUAGCUCCAGUUGCCAAUGCCACUUUCAUAGUGGAAGUUCAUUUUGCCCCCAUGAUAUCGGUUUAUAGACAAACCAUCUAUGCCGAAUACCAGAGUAGCGCCACUUUGGAGUGCCAAGUGGAGGCCUUCCCGGAGGCCAUUCGUUACUGGGAAAGGGCCUACGAUGGCAAGAUCCUAGAUCCCAGCGACAAAUACGGCAUAGAAUCUUAUCCAGAUGGGAACUUUAAGACCUCUAUGCGCCUAACCAUCAGCAGUUUGCGCAAAGAUGACUUUGGCUACUACCACUGUGUGGCCAGAAAUGAAUUAAAUGCCACGAUGGUUAACUUUGAAGUGGCUCCUCAAGAUCCUAACAGUGAGACACCCUAUGUGGGCAAUAGCAUCAAAGUCUACGGCCAAAGACCGCCAGAAAGUGAAUGUCCUGUUUGCGACCAGUGUCCAGAUCCUAGUCUCUACCAAUGCAAGGACUCUAUCCUGAAUAAUUUUGAAAUACAAGCCACUGGAAAUCUGAGUUAUCCUGGCUUACCAAAAAGGCAAAAGACCUGCUAUUUAUAUGCUGUUGGAAAACCCGUUUUCCACAAAGUCGUUAAUGAAAAGUUCGGUUCCUGGCUGAGAGAUCCUGCCCCCGAAAGUGAUCGGGAGAAGACGUUCGUCACCAACGAGAACGAUCCUUACAACCUAUUUGAGUUCACAACUCGGAUCCAAUACCGCAUGAAUAGUGUGCCCAGAAGAAAGUACGAGAUACCCGAGGGUUUCUAUGGUAAUGCUCAUGUGGUCUUCAACAAUUCCUUCUAUUAUCACCAAAGAAAUUCGGAUUUGGUGGUGAAGCUGGACCUGACGAGUCUAAAAAAGAUAACCACACAACUACCGUAUGCUGGAGUGGCUUCCGCCAAUAGGCUCUACACCACGGACUACAAUUACAUGGACUUUAAUGUGGACGAAGUGGGUCUCUGGGUGAUCUACAGCACCUACAACUCCAACAACACUUUGGUGGCUAAGUUGGAUUCUGAGACCCUCAAGAUGCAAUACAACUUCAACAUCACGCUGGACCAUCAUCAGUUUGGUGAAAUGUUUAUUGUUUGCGGAAAUCUGUAUGCCAUUGACUCUGGAACGGAUAAAAAUACACAGAUCCGAUAUGUGGUGGACUUGUAUAAGGGAAAACUAUUAAAUACAAAUCUGCCCUUCUCAAAUCCAUUCAGUCAUACCACCACAGUGGGCUACAAUCCCUUGACAGUGGAACUCUACUCUUGGGACAAAGGCAACGCCCUCACAUAUCCCAUUCGAUAUAAUGAACAGCGUCUAAUAACCGACAACAGUUAGGAUAUAUCUUUGUUUCCGAGAUCUUUAAGAUCCGAAACUGAGAUCUGAGAGAUACUUCGCUCAAAUCGCACUAGUCUAAGUCUAAGGCUUAUUGAAUAAAUAAAAGAAACUGUUUUUUUUUUCUAUUAAUAA